GGUUCCCACCCUUCUUCUGUCCUCUGAAGGAGCUGGAUUGUCCCUCUCCUGCUGCGCAGACUUCCCUGAGGUGGCCCCUCCGCGAGGCCUCCCCUCUGGCCUUGAGGUCUGUGCUUGUCUUCUCAUCUCCCUGGAGGAGAGCAAGGCGAUGGGUCUGCCCCUGCUGCUGCCCCUGCUGCUGCUGCUGCUGCUGGCGUCUCUACAGGCUGUUCGUUCAACAAAGUGCAAUUCACAGUAUGUUUAUGAAGUCAACCAACCAGAGCAACUCUCAGCCCCUGAAGGUGGCUCCGUCCAGAUCCCUUUCUCCUUCUGUCACCCCUGGGAGUUACCCAGUGUACUCAGCGUGAGUAUAUCCUGGAGAUGGAAACACUACCAUGGGGAGACCAUCUACAACACGACCCUGUGUUUCAUCCAUAAGAAUUUCGAGAACCGGCUCUCUCUGAACUGGACAGAGGACGGGAGGAGCGGCUUCCUCCAGAUCUCUAACCUGCGGAGGGAGGACGAGUGUAUGUACUUCUGCCGAGUCCAGUUGACCGCCCAGAAUCAUGGCAAGGUGAUGUGGCAGUCCAUCUUUGGGACCAACCUCGUCAUCACCCCCGCCACCAAGAAAACCACCCAAAGCCCCACCAAAACUGCCGCCACGACCGAUGGCCUCAGUGUCUCUGGGGACAAAAGGAGCUCAGGGUCUUGGCCCCUGAGAACAGAAGCUGUGGUCGCCGUGGUACUGUUCAGCGCUGUGCUCAAAAUUGCAAUCUUGGGAGUGACGGUCUAUCUCAGGUGGAAGAGAAGCAAAGGUCUGUGGACUAAUGCCAGAGCCCCAGCCAGGCCAGGUUCUUCACUUCCUGAGGCUCCUUAGAGUCAGCUGCACAGAGGGAUCACCGCUUCCCAUAAUGACCCUGGCCAGACGCAGACAACUCAGAAGCCAGCAGGGGUCGAAAAUCACCAAGGACCUGAGAGAAACAGCCAUCUGCUCCAAUUCCCUCUACAACCUCCUGCUCUUGCCCACAAAAUAAAAGUACCUGUAAGAUUUUCCUGAAUGCAUCUAAGGAGAAAACUGAUGUCACCUUCAACAUCUGUCCUUCUCACCAAAAUGAACUAUAAGAUCCCUCCUCUAGUCCUUCUGUCCAGGGACUGCCUCAAGCCUGGAAACACUAAGUCCCCAAACACUGGUAGGCAGCCCAGAACCCAAGGUCUGCCCCCCAAUCUAACCAUUCUAUUCCCCCUACAAUAAUAAGGGAUGUAUCAUGUUAAGCCUUUGUGUGUAUUACCUUAUUAAAGAUAAUGAACAACCCUGAAUAUGGUAUAGGAAGUACUC